AUGGAGAAAUGGUCUUUAGAGUUUUCAACUCUUUCUUUAAAAGAUUUAACCUCCCCUAUUUGGAUUAGAAUGCCUCAUCUUCCCUUGCAGUGUUGGGAUAAAGUGAAUGUGGCUCGAAUUGCUUCUUCCAUUGGUAAACCUUUGAUGAUGGAUGGUAAUAUGUUUCUGUGGGGGAAAAGGAAAUUUGCCAGAGUUUGUGUGAGGGUCAGGCUAGACCAGUGUCUUCCUCUAGGGGUUUGGGUUGAGAGUAUCUCUGAGAAAUUCUUUCAAAGAUUUGAGUAUGAGAAGAUUUUGACUCUUUGCUAUGGAUGUGGUAUGGUGGGACAUCUCAUAUCUGAGUGCAGAUUGAAGGCUGCUGGGAAUUCUGAGAAGGAAAUGUAUAUUGGUGAGUCUAGGGGAACUAAGGAGGUGAAAGAGGUUCAGGGAGAGAAUUAA